AUGCUGGGCAAUGACGAUAUCCGCAGCUCUGUGGUUGGCAUUCGUACAACCCAACCUGCGACGACACUCAGUUCAUUGAUUGUUGAACUAGAAAAUGUCGCUCUCUGGUCUCAAGUCCGUACCCGAAUCCCGGCCAUGCUCGUCGUGCCAUCAUCCACCAAGUUACGGCAGACCGACUGCGGCCCUCUCGAGCCUUGGUGUGCUGGUAUUAAGAGUAUCAUUGGCGAUGAUGUAUUCGCAGAUGCCCAAUCUCAGGACUCUCUCGAGUGGCUCCGCAUGGACAUGGGCAUGGGGGUUUCGGGCCAGAGUCUCAACUUAACUCUCUUUAAACGCGAGCUGGAAAUAUCUGUUUUUGCUCCACCACAAUCUAAAACCCCUGGAUUCGAAUGCUUAUUCCCUACUAUUCCGGUCGGAGUUUUAAACCUCCCUCGCAGAACAGACUCUGGAGCUAGCCUCGAAUGGGUGGCAGAGAAGCUCGAACACUGUGACAACAACCACGAGUGCCGCCAGAAGAACUCUGAUUCAACAGGGGCACGGCCACAACGAAUUCUCGAUAUUGGCUCUACAGAUAAUGAUCAAAUCCGACUGAAAAUAUUUGACGCUGACGAUGUCGAGAUACCCAAAUAUGCUUGUUUAAGCCACUGCUGGGGCGCGUCAAAACCUUCGAGUACCACCACGGCCAAUGUUAUCUCACACGAAAGGGGAAUCCCCUGGAGUACACUGACUCCCUUGUUUCAAGAUACGAUAAAAUACGUGCGGAGAUUAAGCAUCUCUCUGUUGUGGAUUGACAGCCUUUGCAUUAUCCAAGAUGAUAAAGAAGACUGGAGGAAGGAGGCCGCUAAGAUGGCCUCAAUCUACCAAAAUGCAUAUCUAGUAAUCUCCGCAUCCAAAUCUUCUGGUUCUGGCGAUAGCUUAUUCGGUGAGGUCGACGAACAACUGAAACCCAGCAUAAUUCCUGUUCCAUCUCUAGGCCAAGGAUCCGUUGUGUGCUUUCGCAAGUCAUUGACUCAUAUGCCUGGAUACAUGGAUCAAAAGUUCGCUAAGCCGUCUCCGCUCCCAACCUUUAACCGUGGAUGGAUAUUUCAAGAACGGCUUUUGUCUUCUAGAAUACUUCAUUUUGGACCACAAGAGCUCUCAUGGGAAUGCCUACAGGAAACUGCCUGCCAGUGCACGGGAUAUUAUGCUUCCACGGCCACUAUUGAUCCCGUUCAUAUGGUACAUACAAUGGCUGCGCUCCGAACGUUGAACCCGAAAGCUGUUUUCAAUCAAAAUUAUUGGAAGAAAUUAUACGGAACCCAGCAAGUCAAGGCCUGGCAUAUGAUAGUGGAAGAUUAUACAAGACUUUAUCUAACCUUCGAGAGCGAUAUUUUCCCAGCGAUAUCUGGUAUCGCUAAAAGAUUCCAAUAUUCGUUGGGAUCCGAGUACGUUGCUGGAAUGUGGACAAACUCACUGAUUGACGACCUUGCGUGGCAUAAAGAAAACACGGCCGGCGACUCCACAAAGCAAAUCGAAUGGCAUCAACGUCCCAAGGCAUGGCGAGCUCCGACGUGGUCAUGGGCAGCAGUACGAGGUCACGUUGAAUUCCUCGAUAUAGGAACCGGUACGAGCGCUUUGUGUAAAGUUGAAGAGGUGAAAUGCUCUACUUACCAGGCGGAUCCUACUGGAGAACUUAAGAAUGGCUAUCUACUACUACGUGGCUAUCUCAUACCGACAUCAGUUCAGUAUAAAACAUCUGUAAAGCCAAGCGAAAGGAAGACUUUUGAGUUAUUCGAACUCGACAUUAUGCAAGGACAGGUGGGCAAUGUAUGGGCGGACUACGACUCGUCAACACCAGGAGAUGCCUACAUUGCGCCUGGUACAGCUGUGAAAUGCUUCAUACUUUCCACUAGGCUUGACUCAGGGUCGUUGAUUCUUCUCAUAUUGAAGGAAGUUGGGUAUGAUGACACAAGAUGUUGCGCGGUAUGGCAACGAUUGGGGCUGGUCCAACUGUCAAAACCGCCCACCGUCCUUGCAGAAGCGAAGAAUUACUGGUUCGACGUGUUCAAAGGGCGAUUAAGUGAUGAAACUUUAGUGAAGAUUAUAUAG